CUGGUAAAGGAAAAAUACUGGGUUGAUGACCCUCUUUCAGACGCCUUCUUCCUCACCUACGCUACGCUAUGCUGCGAUUCAGUUCUCCAUUACUCAUUCUUAUUAUUAAUAAUAAAUAGAGCAAGGGGAGAGAAGAGUGGAAGCAGAGCACGCUUCCGAAUAUAGGUGAUUGUAAAACGUAAAAAAAAAAAUUACAAAUAAAUUUGUCUCCUGGUUUUGGAGGUGCGAUUGAAAACAAAGCAGCUGCUGCCGCCUCCGCUUAUCUCCGAAUUGAGCUCGUUCGUGGAUCGGGAGCGACAGGCUUUUCUUUUUAUCAGGAAAUUUCUAGUCAUUUACUCCCUAUGGGUGCCAUUGAGCAUCAUAUUAACGAUUCCAGCUUUCCCCAUUCUACUGGGUCUUCUGAAACGGAUGCUAAUGUGGCCCGGAUGGGAUCUUUGCAUAAUGAGAGUUUGUUAAGCCAUGACUUUGUUUCAGCUCCUGCAUCAGCUGGAAAUUCUGAAAAUGGAGAAACUGGGAAUUCGGUGGGGUUUCUUGGAAAUAAAUCUCGUGACUUGUAUGUUUAUAGGCAGGACGUUGUAAAAUCUGAUAGAUAUAAAGGUCUGGUUGGGAUGGUGACUAAAGUUGCUGGUGACUCUGACUCCGACAGCAGCAUCAGUGACGAUGAUGAUGAUGCUGAUGAUGAUGAUGAUGAUGAUGAAGAAGGCAGCUGUAGCUCUCUAACAGAUGGUCAAGUCAGGGUUGUUUGGGUUAAUCAUUCUGAGACAAAAGACAAUAUUGAUGACAUUGUUGUUGUCGAUAGAGGCUUCUUGCAUGGAGACAUUGUUGCCUCCAUUUCUGAUCCCAUGGGGCAAACAGGCACCGUGGUGGACGUUGAUAUCAAAGUUGAUUUAUGUGCUUCUUCAGGGGAGAUUGUGAAAAAUGUUUCAACUAGAGAUCUGCUACGUGUUAGGGAAUUUGCAGUAGAUGACUAUGUACUUCAUGGGCCUUGGCUUGGUAGAAUAGAUGAAGUUGUAGACAACGUAACUGUAAUGUUUGAUGAUGGAUCAAUCUGCAAAGUCAUGAGGGCCGACCCUUUACGGCUCAUGCCUAUCUCUAAGAAUCUUCUAGAGGAUGGACAUUUCCCAUAUUACCCAGGACAGCGUGUCAGGGCUUGCUCUUCGUCGGUUUUCAAAAACUCUAGGUGGUUUUCUGGGUUUUGGAAGGCUACUCGUCUGGAAGGUACAGUAACUAAAGUACAGGUUGCAUCGGUGUUUGUCAAUUGGAUUGCUGCUGCCAAUGCUGGUGGAUAUGGCUCAGAUAUCCCCCCAGAAGAGCAGGAUCCAAAGGAUUUGAAGCUGUUGACAUGUUUUUCCCAUGCCAACUGGCAGUUGGGUGAUUGGUGUCUUCUUCGGACACCUGCACCAGCAGUUGAUGCUGAUGCCUCGACUGAGGAUCCUGUCUCAUGUUGUGGGGAUCCAAAUGAGUGUUUGGUUAAACCAUUUGAAGAUGUUGAUUCUGCCUCCUGUGACACAAAACUUCAAGAAUGCAUCGGAUCGUCUUCUGAAGACCAGCAUGCAUCAAAUGGACUGGGUCUUGAGGAAGCGAUGCUAAAAAACACAAAUGGAGUUGCAUUCAAUUGUGUGGAUUUGGGAGAAACGCCACUACAUUCAGAGGAAAAUGGUCAUUCACAAAUGGAUCCCUCUGAUGCAGUGUUGUUGGAGAGAAAAUCUACUUUGGAUGUAAAUAGUACGAGCAUUAGAGAUUCAAAUGGUUUUCCUGAAUCCAGUAUUUGCAACAGUUCUUUACAUAUCUCCAAAGAGCCUGUGCAUGAGGGAUCACAUAGUCAACGCAAGAGGCUUCGUAAGCGUAUUGCUAAACGGGAUCGGAGGACGCGAAGAAGAGAUGAGACUUUUGAAAGAUCUCUAUUGAUUGUUAAAACAGUGACAAGGGUUGAUGUGGCUUGGCAGGAUGGGGCAAGAGAGUUUGGCAUAGAUUCAAGAAAUUUGAUUCCAAUUGAUAAUCCUGGUGACCAUGAGUUCUUUGCUGAACAAUAUGUGGUGGAAAAGGCAACUGAUGAAGAUGAGGGGUUCUGUGAAUCUAGGCGGGUGGGGGUUGUAAAAAGUGUGAAUGCCACGGAGCGGACGGCUUGUGUUAGGUGGUUAAAGCCUGUCACCCGACCAGAAGAUCCUCGGGAGUUUGACAAUGAGGAAGUUGUAAGUGUGUAUGAACUUAGCCAACAUCCUGAUUAUGACUACUGCUUUGGAGAUAUUGUGAUUCGGUUGUCCCCAGUCUCUGUAACCCCUGAAAUGGCGCCUUCUGGGAAUACCAUUGAAAAGGAGAUGAUCUCUGCAGAUGAUGCAACUUUACCUGAGAGUGAUGAGAGAAUUGGGUAUAACUUGGAGGAGACAAAUGACGAGGUGAAAACCAACAAAGACAAGAAUUACAAGUUUGAUGAAUCUGACCUUUCUUGGAUCGGCAAUAUAACUGGUCUCAAGGAUGGAGAUAUCGAAGUGACUUGGGCUGACGGGAUGGUUUCAAAGGUUGGUCCUCAAGCAGUGUUUGUUGUAGGUCGAGAUGAAGACGAGGGUUCAAUCCAAGCUGACCUUGAAGAUGGUGAUGAUGAUGCUGCUAGCUGGGAAACAGUCGACUCAGAUGAGAUGAGUGUUGAAAAUGCCGAUGAGGAAACUCAGGUGGGUGACAUGCCAAAGGGACACUCUGACGAUGAUAGUGGGACUGUAAGAAGAGAUACGCUUCACCAAGAACAGAAUGUUUCAGAACAAAAUGGUGGCCUAUCAAUUCCUCUUGCUGCGCUGGGGUUUGUUACAAGACUUGCUAGUGGCAUUCUCUUCAGGGGAAGAAAACAUGUUGAAACAUUUGGAUCAAACAGUUCUGAGGGUAUGGCAAAGCCUGGGUUGCGGGAUAUUCUUGACGGAUCUAGCAAUGAUGAUGUGAUCACCUCUGAAGAAUCUAAUAAUGCAAUCGCUAACCACGGUGCUUCCACCAUGCCACCAAAUUCAGCUAAUACUAUCUUGGAAGCCGCUGCAAACUCCUUAGGCAGUCCGUAUUUUGAAGAAGCUAGUUCUAUGGGUGAUCCUGGCAGAUUUAAACACUUCGAUAGUGUUAAAGAUUCUGUGGAUCAUUACUUCAUUGGAGAAACUGGAUGGAAUAACAAUGACAGGAAAUGGGUGAAGAAGAUUCAACAGGACUGGAACAUACUCCAGAAGAAUUUGCCUGCAGAUGCGAUAUAUGUUAGAGUUUACGAGGAUCGCAUGGAUCUAUUGAGGGCGGUGAUUGUUGGAGCCCAUGGAACACCUUAUCAAGAUGGCCUUUUCUUCUUUGAUUUCCACCUUCCCCCGGAUUAUCCCCAAGUUCCACCCUCGGCAUACUACUAUUCUAGUGGCUUACGCUUGAAUCCCAAUUUAUAUGAGAAUGGGAAAGUCUGCCUUAGCCUAUUAAACACAUGGACUGGCAAAGGAAACGAAGUUUGGGAUCCAUCAUCUUCUAGCAUCCUCCAAGUUCUUGUUUCACUCCAAGGUCUAGUCCUCAACUCCAAGCCUUACUUCAAUGAAGCUGGGUAUGAUAAGCAGGUUGGCACAGCUGAAGGUGAGAAGAACUCAGUUUCCUACAAUGAGAAUACCUUCCUCCUGAAUUGCAAGAUGAUGUUGUACCUUCUACGGAGGCGUCCCAAGCAUUUUGAGGAAUUCAUUAAAGAUCACUUUUGGACGCACGGUCAUUUCAUACUUGGAGCGUGUGAUGCACAUCUGAAGGGUGCCAUAGUAGGGUCCCUCACAGAGGAUGGCAUUGUUUGUGAGCAGAGUGGGGAGAACGGAAGCUCAGUCGGUUUCAAGUUAAUGCUGGGCAAGAUUGUGCCCAGGCUGAUCUCUGCUUUCAGCGAAGUUGGGGUAGACUGUUCCCACUUCUCUCACCUCGUAUCAUAGUAAUUUUCUCAUAGACUCAAUUGUGAAGCUGAUUGAGAGCUAUCUUGUGCUGGGUUUUCCCUUGCCAUGGAAUUUUCCAAGUUCUUUGGUUGGACUGUUGUUGCGAAGUCGGCUGUCAUGUAAUUCCCAUUCUUUAUUUCUGAGUGCAGAGAGAAUAGUUGGAGCAGAAGAGCUCUUUUGUUGUUGAUGGAGAAUGUGAAGUUCGUCAUGAAUAAAUAAAUGCUCGUUGUAAAAUGCUUAAUUCUUUUUAGUGUAUGCAGAUGUUGCAUGCAAGAGUGCUGGUGAUAAAUGUUCAUUACUCUUGAUGGAUUCUGGAUGAUUGAUUGGGAGUGGACUUUUGCUUCGAUAGCAAGCAAUGGGGAGCUUUUAGCAGCCCUUCCAUAAUUGAAGCCUACCUUGGCCUGUUUUUUGGUGCACCAUCAUUUGGGCAUGGGACGCGCUCAAAUCCUUUUGGUGAGGAAAUGAUAUUUGAAUUGCUUGGAUGAAGAUCCUCUUUUGAGAGUGGUGUUAUUUUGGGGUUUCCAUCUUGGCAAUUGUAAUGAAAUUUAUUAUGUAGAUGACUUCAUUUGCUGUGUUUUUUUUUUCUGGGAAUAUGAUAUGGACCAAUACUAAACAUUCAGGUUGCAUUUUGGAAAUAGCAAAGAGUGCAUAAUGUUAUCGGGCCUAGCAAUGCACCAGGCUAAUGUAGGCCCGAGUCUGUCCUAGGACCCAGAAGCCGAGAAAAAUGUACAAUUUGGAAGAGAAAAUUUGAGAAUUAUUUAUUGGAUGGGGUUUGUAUAAGGUUGCCUCCUUAUACUGUAGAA